AUGGAGCAACAAACGGGCCAGACUUCCAAUCUUUCAUUCAACGAUCUUCCAUUUCACAUAGCAUCUCAAAUAGUUGAGCAUCUGAAUCUCGCAGACAGAUUUAGCAUGGGACUAGCGACGAAAUUGCUUCGCAGAUUGGACGAGGUGGUGCCAUAUCGCGAUCCCGGUUGUUUGUCAGUUUUCGUUACAAAAACGGGCAGCAUCAAAGUCACGUAUUGGCGUAACGUGGCUUAUGUAGAUAGUGUGAAUUUGACAUUUGAAAAUUGCGAGGGCGGGACUAAAGUCAACAGAUGGCAUAAGCAUGUGCCCUACAAUCCAUCACAAAGAGUUCCAUUAGAGAACGAAUUCUCGACAAUUACCCCAGAUAAGCAUUUCACCGACUUGGCAAUUCAAUAUUUCAACCGAAUUGCAUCGAAUCCCGGUAUCAACAAUGUAUAUGUUUCGUUGCCGAAAAGCGUCUAUGACAAAAUUCCGAGGCUCAAAUGCUCAAAACUAAAUGUGAAAGUGAAGAAUGUAGAGGAAUUGGAAGAGAUUUUGGCGAAGUUGGCAAAAAAAGAGCUGGAUGAGUUGGAAAUUGAACUGACUGAAAACAAUUCGAUUGUUCCUAGAAUACCAGAGGUUGUAAAUGUGAAGACGCUCAUGAUGGGUGGUCCGAUUGAGGAGCCAACAUUUAUGUCGCUGUCGGCUCCAUUUAUCGAGGUAGAUGGAUACGGAUUCCGUGAGCCGAUUCUGGAAAAUUUCAUCACUAGAUGGGCAAACGGUGGAGGGCCAAGAGAUUUCACGCAGCUUAUAAUCUAUAAUAGUUUUAUCGAUAGGUUUGACAGCAUUGUCAAGAAAGUGCGCUGCAUGAGAUUCGAAGCUGACAUGGCGCAAUUACUUAUAUAUCCUGAAGAUCACAAAGAACUUGGGCAGUACAUUUUUGCUGAAGAUUGCUAUCAGAUAUUCAGCGAAGUUUCUACGGAUUCGGCGACAUUGCUUAAAGGUCUCUAUGAAAUCAUUCUGACGGUUACUGGAAAGGUGAUCAAUGGCGAAGCGCGUUGGUCUGAUAGUGAGGGACAGGAGUAUUUUGAGCACUUCAAAUUGGAGGACUCACCGCUCGAUUUUGACAUGGUCAUUGAAGAUUUAAACUAUAUUAAAUGCGAUAAGGAUAUCAUCGAACUCAACGUGAACACGGAAUUGGCGACAUUUAUUCAACGUGCCGAUGUCGUUGAGUUUAUUGGCAAUGGUCAACUUGAAAAAUGCAGCUCAUGA